AUUACACACACUGGUAUAUGUGUUUUACCUGGUGUAUAUAACACAUGUAUAAACCAAGUAUUAUUUCAGGUUCGGCGAAUCAAACCUGACCAUAAUAUAACUUGUCCUGUUGUCAACCCACUGCUGAUGAUUCAUUCAAUUCUUUGGAAACGUGACGCAGAACUUCCUCUUUCUCCAAUGAAAGAAAGGAGGGGCAUUUCCAGUGGGUCAACUUUAUAGCGAUCUAAACACAAGGACGCAACAGUUGGGUCAGUCCGAAAGCCGUUUCGUUUUCAGGAAACUCAACAAUUAUUGUCGACAAUGGAGCGGAUACCAGGUUUACGGUUUUACCUGGGCGUUUUCCUUCUAAAAAGUAUUUAUAUGGCAGCACACGGUAAGAGAAAGUCUUCCAGUGAAACCGACUCAGGGCGAUUGGCGGUGUUUUUAUUUUUCCUUACUUGUUAAGCUACAAUAAUCAUGUUGUUUUGGAGACGCAGGGCUCAAUCUUCACUGCGACAACGACUUCGAAAGGCUGAUGUGUGGGAUCGAUCCCCCGCCCGACGAGCCGGGCUGCGCCGAGUACACACUCAGCACCCGAGUGGAUUACUCCAACAGAUCCAUGUAAUUAUUAAUGACAGACCGAUAUUAAUGAGUCAUUAAUGCCGAACAUUAAUGCCAGUCAUCAUACAUUGACUUGAAAAUAUGAAACGCAAAGAAACAUAGUAGGCCUACGUUUAUCCACAUUCGUUUGUGAUAUAGUGACGACGCAAUGCGAGUUAUUAAUAUUGGACUUUAUUUUACUUUUCAGUGAGAGUAAUUGCACUUUAACACCGGACCCAGUUCGGACGGGGACGUGCAGCUGCUCGUUGGACAUCAAGGGGAUUGUUCUGGGGGAGAAAUACAACACAACGUUGUGGAAAGCUGGGGCCCUAGUGGAGUCCAAAAAAAUCAGCGCUGCAGACAUAAAACCCAAAGCCCCAUAUAUCACUUCGGUGACAAGAGAAAAUGAGAAUUAUCUGGUGAUGUGGGACACAAAAUACGAAAAAGACCCCCCCUUCAAGCUGACGGUGUGGCUGAACUACCGCAAAAAAGGAGAGAACGGCACGAAAGUGGACGUUUCGUCCAUGGAGUCUUAUGAGAUUUUGGGCAAGUCCCUGGAGCCGAGUACAGAGUACCUGGUCAGCGUGCAGAGCUACUCUGCGUUCUACAGUGAAAGAAGUGGAGACCUGUCAUUCACCACCCCUGUGUCGCCUACCAGUAUUGCAGUGGCGGUCUUUGUGAGUCUGUGUGUUGCUGCUUUCAUCAUCACCAGUUUCCUGUAUCUAUUCUGCACACGGUUGAAGGAGAGUUGGUGGGAUAGCGUUGACGACUAUAAAAACUCAACUUUGUUAUUCAUGGUCCGAGGAGGUCACAAGGUGCUUACGCCGCAGAAAACCUUCCUGAGCUCUGUCUAUGUUGAGGCCCGCAAAGAGGAUGAAUUCGACGAAAAACCAUUGGACAGCGGUGGGAAUUCCCUUCAAAGUGUCAGAGCAAACAGCGUGGCCUCGUCUCUGGGUUACUCUCAGAAGGUCUCCAUUGACAUCAUCUCCGAUGUGGAGGAAGCCAUGCGUAUGGCCUUCCCCCAGCUCUCCACAGCUCCCUGGCUCAUCGGUGCCCACAGCAACAAUGGUUACAAUCCAGUCGCUGUGACCUCCAGCCCCUCCGUUUUUGAGAACAUGACAUAUUCCAUGUCUUCUUCUGGGACCCAGGGGUUAUACGCUGCCAACCCGCCUGCUGUACUUAGUGAGUCCUUCUACAAACCCAGUAUGUUGUGGGGUGAGGUACACAACCCUUUUCCAGAUUCUCAGGUGCCUAUUUUCCAGCUGACUGGACAGAGGCAGCCUUUCGAUCCAUCCCAUAUGAAAACUGACCUUUCCUAUCAGUCGUGGAACGCUGAAUCGGGGAGCUCAUCGCAAUCAGAGGCUCUGCAGGUAGACCUCUCGUAUAGCUGUUCUCCGGGUGACACCACUUCUUCCUCCGACCUGCAUGGCUUUGGCUCCUCUCAGUCUGGUGACAACUUGAAAGAGUCACUCCUAGUUGGAGAAGCUGACUGGUCCAGCAUGAUGGAACGUGUUUCCGGUGAGGAGAAACAGUCAUUCAAUGUCUGGGUUUCAAAUCCUUCUGAGGUGUCCUGCCCUUCCCCUGCAUGCAGCCUUGUUUCCUUGGACGAUGACUUUCAAGAAUUCCAAAGUAUGAUGAAGCGACCAGGAGUGCUCAUUCCAACGGCAAACGACAGUAGGCCCAGAGGUCGGCCGGACAAACUUCCUGAGACUCCCUACACUGGAAUGCCUCAAAGAACCAUAGAGGGAGCAAGCACCUUAACCCAAACAACACAAGCAGCCCAGGGUAUUCUGGACACUCAAGGGAACAAUGUUUCUCUUCCGCCUGCGGAUCAGCACAAGCUAAUCAUGAUCAGUGAUUAUCAUAGUGUUUAAUUAGGUCUGAGACCGUGGACUUAAUGGAUACCAAGAGCCUUAAAGGUUGGAUAUUGUGGUAUUUAUGAGUAGCGUUAACGUAGUAAUCAUAAAUGAUGAAACGAAGCUUCGCAUGAUGUUGCUUUAUUGCUGGAGAACUGAACAACCUCGCGCCCCGGGCAUCACAUCCGGUUGGCGCUUAUACUACCGUAAUGACGUAAACAGUACGUGCAAGCUUACGGCGAACAUUAAUACUGAUUCAGACUACUGGCGUGAUCUGAAUAUUAUAAAUCCUUAUCAUAACCCACUUACAGCCACUGAGUUAGAAGUACUGGCAUGAAAAUUAAACAUGUCAAUCAUCUGUGGAACGGGCAGGGCUCGAAAAACUCCAGCCAAUGAUUUCCAGAACCACAGAGUGGCAUUGGAAAGUAAGUACGUCAAUCAAACCCCUUCAUGCACGUACUCGAAAGCUCAUGGCCCAGAGCAAGCUUCUGUUUGUUAUCCUGCGGUAGCUACUCGAGCUAACUAACUAGCUAAUCCACCUUUGGACCUAGCACUAUAAUGCCGCGUUUCCACUGCAGGGUGCGGAACGGAUCGGAUGGCAAAGGUGCGGUAGGGAGGGGGCGGUAUAGACCAGCUCAGUUCCGAGGUCGCGUUUCCACUGCCGACAGUACCCUUUAUGGUAGGCCGGAUGUCGAUCGCCGCGGCAGCUACGUAAACAUCGUAAACAACGUCUUCCUCCCCAAGAAUGCAGACGAACGUCUCCACCUCCUUGUUCGCCCAAGCAAGCGUUUUCACGCGACAUGUUGAUUUGUCAAGAAUAAUACCUCGAGGCUACUGUGUUGUUUUUAUCCCUUCGUCACCCGGAAGUGAUGAUUCUGUCGACCAAUCAACGGAGGGGGUGUGUAGCUAGAAUUUCCCGGGACCCUUUCAGGCGUCUGGUCUCGUUUUCAGUACCCCAACAGAGGAGUCCUGAAAACAAGGCCAAAACGGGUACGGCUAAGUCCCGGUCACGCCCACUUUUGGCGGUGGAAACGCGACCCGAUCCGCACCUUUGCGAUCCGAUCCGUUCCGCACCCUGUAGUGGAAACGCGCCAUUAGACAACCCUUAACUCCAACCUAGCUAGCCUGGCUCGCUCUCGCGCAUCUGUGUUCGCGCUUGUGUAUGAUGGCGCGUCCAUGUACUUGGACUGGGUGGAGUCAGAGUCAGCGUUAAAGGAGAGGGGGUAGGACCAUUUGAGUUGUGUGUUUUCAAAAUCUGGGGGUGUUUCGCAAAUGCCAUACCCAACCUUUAAUGUAAAGAGAUUUAAGUUGUGUUGAAUUGAGAGAAAGGGCACAAAGCGUGGACCACUGAACUGAAUGGUUAUGACAUGGAACCCGUGGACAAACACGUAACACUGUGUGUGUGUGUGUGUGUGUGUGUGUGUGUGUGUGUGUGUGUGUGUGUGUGUGUGUGUCCAUCAGAGUAGAGAUGGUUGGCUUUUCUACAGUGGACACUAAAUAGUUUUCCCAAAAUGUGAAGACAAACCACUGCGUGGACUUGUGUAAAUAUAAAGCACUUUCUUAUUAAUUUCUUAACUUGGAAUGUUAUAAUAAUGAUCUUUUGUUAUAAACGAGAAAUGAAAAUGUGUACUGUAACUGUUUCCAUUAAAAAAGUAAAGAUGGAACAAGAUGGAACCAUUGUGUGACAAGAUGCAACAGGUGCAUAAGUGCACUGUUUGCAUGUGAUGAUGUAGAUAAUGUCAAUUCUGUUAUUUUGCAAGGUAUAAUAUAUAUUUCUUCGCAUGCAUCGAGCUCCUUCGAGAACACGCAAAGCAAUGUUUAUGCAAACAGUUUUCAACGUAUAUACCCGUCUGCCGUGUUCCAAUAUCCAUACUAUCCGUCCUUACUAGCCUAAGUUUGAGUACGUAGAGCGUUCCGAUUCAGAUCGGGCGAUAAUAAGUGUACUGAAGGACCCAGAUGGUGUACUCAAAACGGUCAAAUCGCGAAGUGUGGAUCGUUGUCAUCGCCGUACACUUUUCGUACUCAACGGCAGCCAUCUUAGCUACGUAGCGGAAGAGGGCAGAGCCAGGCUGAGCCAAAUUCGGCGCAUUUUCCACAUAGCCUGCAUAAAUAGAGUCCUUUUGUAGUUUUUAUAGCUUUUUAUAGCAGCUAGGCGUAAAGAGUUCACUGUUCAAUGCGGGAUGUUUAUUGCGGGGGAUUAGCCGCGGUGGCAGUCGUGAUCCUAAUUUCCGGUUAGUGCACCACCGAGUAUUCUUCGUUUGCAACCACGUGAUCAAAAUGGAAAAAACAAGCAAAAACACAGCCGUCUUCUAGCAGCGAGCGUAGAUUACGGGUUAAGGGUUUCCUGGUAAAAACAAACUUAGAAUUGCAGGCGCAAAAACUCUUGCAAAGAACCUCUCACAAAUUGAUUGAGCCCCAAAACUUACCAGUUAUGAAGUGAUUACCACAAAUACGAGUGUUGGCGAGAUUUAUUUGUGCCAUGUCGCCCCGGUAGAUGUUCGAAAUCCAAGUUGCUCCCCGGUCAACUCACGUGUCCGCUCACCUUGAGUUGUGGACACUUUUGGAAUCCUAAAAAAACUGCAAUUCCCAUUCUCCCGUAUGAAAUUAUUCGCACAACCGUGCACAGCACAACUGGUAGGCAUUAUUAGCCAAACAAAAUAAUAUAAUAGCGAAACAAUUGAGGUUAGAUACACGCUUUGCGAUUGAAUGACCUCCACUCUAAUGUGACUGAAACAAGUGUAGUGGGGCGCAAUGUUGUGAUUGCUUUCCUACCAAGAUGGCCGACUUCCGGUUUGGUUACGAAUUUUAAUUAGCUGUGACGUAAGUUGCAAACGAAGAAUUUGAAUUGGAACAAUACUGACAUCUGAAAAUUAGCGCACUUAGUGAGUGCGGAUAGUGUACUUCGUUUAAGUGUACGCUAGAGGGUGAUUUAACAUUAUACCAAAUAUAAAUAGUGUUUGAGCUCCCUCAACUGGACAUGCUGUGUAUGUUGUCUAGUGUGUUGUAGACGUGUGCUGUUCAGUAUGCUUGGUCUUAAAUAACAAUAAAACAUCUACAAUAAAGUUAUUGUAAUCCAAAGCGCAGUAUUUAGUGGAUCUUACUUGAGGUGAAUAAUAUCUGCCAUGUCGGUGAGAACUUUUUAUGUGUCUCUGUCCUUUUCGAACCCCAGGAAGGCAGGUUCGGACUUGGCAAAUUCAAGGAUGAGAGGAAAGGACACAGCACAUUGAUGAAACAUAGGUUUUAUAAAUGUUUGUAAGUUGAAUGCCACUGGUGACACCUUAUCUGAAGGGUAUUUUUUCGAUUUUAAUUAGAUUCUUAAUAAAUAUUGUUUUGAACACUAUGCAUACUUUUUCAUCUAGUUGUUAAUUAAAUACUGUUGUUUGGGGGAAAGUCACGUCUCUGUCUCAUUGUCUUAUCCGUCUAUUUUGGGUGAAAAAUAAUUUUUUUAGUCUUAUCCGUAUAUUUUGGGUUGAAAGCAUCACUACACACCAAUCUACUUCCCUUGAUAUACAGUAUUAGAUCUUCAAGGUGGCGUUGUCUACAUAACUAUUGUUACAGUUGAACGUAGGGAACGUACUGAUCUUUACACACCCACACAUUAAACAGGGUCUGAAAAGGAGAGGACAGGGCAGGCUUUAUGUCUGGGUGUCUACAAAUUGGUGAUGCUAACCCCAAUACUAACACAGCUGCAUGUUGGUGGACUUAGGGAAUUUGUUGUGCUAACUUUUCACCAUCUGCUAGCUACAUUCUGCUCCACUGCAAGUACCAAAUGUGUCUGACACCCUACUUUGUAUUUAUCAACCAUAGGAAAAGCAGCACUGUGCAGAACAAACCACCUGAUUUGUACAAGUGGGGUUUUCAAGUCACGCUUACCUCAGAAUAAUGCUAUAUAUAUGUAUCUUUGUCCUAAGGUACAAAACUGCAAGAGCAUUUCAACGAGAAGGGUAUUUUAUCCAAGUUUCUCUGGUUUGGUUAAUUUUAGCUACAUUUUGUAGAAUCAGUGAACUAUAUAAACAUUCUGCUGUGAUAAUCUUAUGAUUCUUAUUUUAUAUAUUAGAACCAAGACACAGAGGAAGGGUGAAGAAUUUCAAGAUGAUGUCUGCCAAACACUUUGAAUUGAAGGUUAAGAGUAUAGAUCAUAUUGAGGGAGUUGUGGUUGUUACACAAUGUAAUAUUGUCUCGUUUACUGCCAUAUGGAGUUAUUUAUUGCUCGUUUGUUUUCUGUAGUUAACACAAAUUCUUAAAUCUGCAGCUGUCUCACAGGUCGUUUUGGACCAUGACUUUCAUCCUGUUCUCUAUCACACAAGGUGAGUACAUGGAAAUAACUAUUUUUACGCGUUAUGUUUUUAAAUAAAAAAACAUUAGAUAUCAAAUAUGUAUGAUGGGAGAUCUUUCCCAUUUCUUUCCACAGCAACCAUAUUAGGUAUGCUGACAAAUUACGUUAGUUAUUAGAUCAAUGCUAUGUAAAAAAAAAAAAAAAAAUCAGUCUACUUGGGUUAUUCAUUCAGUAUAGGUUCACAUAUGGCACCAACUAGUUUUGUGAAGUAAAAUAUUUGCCAGCAUUCAAUUUCUUUUUAUUCUAAUUUUGCUCCCAGCUCUUAGCUUGGAACCUCUGCUGAACUGUUCUGAACCCACCAAUCUAGCCCUGCUGAAAGCACUGUCACCAGUCUUUAAUUUGCGCUUCAUACGGCCUGUGAUCAACAUCCAGAAUUACACAGAAGUCUAUGUAUCCUUUACCAUGUAUGGCAUUCUGGGAGUGGUAUGUUCUAUUAAAAAAAUGUAUACGUAGCUACCUGAGUUGGGCUAAUGACUUUGAGAAUUUAAAUCUCAAAAAUGUAUUCAAGAAGCAUGUCGUAAUUUUUCAAUUGUGAAAGUGAGCAAUUAAUAAAUGUUAAAGAACAACAUAAAGAAUAUGACUGUAUGAAACUGGUUAUUCGGAUCUAAGCAACAUUUCGAUAGAAAGCCCUUUAUAUCUCUACACUUUUGUAGCCAGAGAUUCAAAUUUGGCAUACAGUUGGCUACUAAAGAUUGAUACACUUCAUCUGCAAUUACUUUUUUUUUCAGGAUGAAAAAGCUCAACUCUUGACAACUUAUAUUUGGCAAC